AUGGAGGCAAACGUUAUGGCAAACGAUGUCGAGCUUGAGCAGCUACGCCGCUCCAUCGUCAGCCCACCGAGCAUGUCGAUGUGGACUAAAUUGCAUAUCAAUCGUCUCGUCCGAGUAGCAGAGGAUCCAGCUGCAUCGCGACUGUUAGGCGACCGACAGGAUACAUCGGCGUUUCACGUCAGGGCCGCAAUUUACCUUUCUAUUUAUGGCACGAUCCUCGUUGCAGCGCUACAGAUCUAUGCGGCUGUGACAACCCUUUCAUUGUCACUCUUCGUUACCAUGGCAGAGAGUUGUUGUGAGGCCGUGAGCAACAUCGGCCUGAAUUACCUCCACAGGAAAUCCAAGAAGCUUAGCGGUUCGCCCCGAUGGCCAGCAGGCGCAGGAAGGUUGGGCAAUGCUGGCAACAUCUGCUUCGCAUUUGCCCUAAUGGCCGUAUCAUUGGUUCUUACCGUCGAGAGUAUCCGCGCGCUGGCCGGGAACGAUCAUGAGCUCGGAAAGUUUUCAGUGGCAGCCAUUGCCGCUGCUGUGUGCGGGUUCGGCAUCAAGCUCUUUUUGGCAAUCUAUUGCUUCAUCUUCCGGAAACACAGUAGUCAAGUGGAGAUGCUCUGGGAGGACAAUCGCAACGACUGUUUUGAAUAUGGCUUCGCCAUUUUCACAUCCGCAGUUGGCGCCAAAUUGAAUUGGUGGGUUGAUCCAGCCGGUGCCAUGCUUAUCGCAUUUGUCAUCAUUAUCACCUGGGUCGGUACCGUCCACUCAGAGUUCCUACAGCUUUGCGGAGUUGGCGCUUCGCCUAGCUUCGUACAGGAGAUUGUCUUCCUUACCAUUCGCCACUCUCAGUUAAUCUUGAAAGUCGACUCGAUUCACGCAUAUCACUGGGGUGAAGACCUUGUUGUUGAGGUAGAUAUUGUCAUGGCGCCUGAGCGCUGCCUUCGUGAGGUCCACGACAUCUCGCAAGAAUUGCAAGACAAGCUUGAGACGGUCGAAGGCGUUAGUCGUGCUUUUGUUCACGUUGAUUACGAAACUUCGCAUAUGCCCGAGCACCGCAAAACCCGUUGA